AUAUUUAUUCGGAUAUAUCUGUAAUUCUGUGGAGCUCGAAGCAACCCACUCGUUUUUUACUGAGAUAAACUUUCACAUUAUGAGUUACUGAAGUGCAGAAUAACAUGUUUUGCAUAAAACUUCGAUUUAUUAAUAGUUACAAAUAUUGCUAGUUAUUACUAUAUGUAAUUUUCAGAUGUAGUCACAUUAUCUACAUUAUGUAGUCACUUAUCUACGAAAAUGUACGUGGGUGUCAAAAACAGGUUCUGUUGUCAAGGUGGAACACAUCGAUCGAUAUUUUCGAAAGCGGGCGAACGCAGGCAUUUCUACAAUUUAAAUUUUCUUUUGAACUGUGUUCAACGAGAAUUUUCGUUUUCCAAGAGCGUUCAACAUCCCUUUCAAUUUUCUUCGGACGAUCUCUCUACGUUUCUAACCACAACGAUAGUGUUUUCUAUCAGUGAUCGUUUUUCGAUCGUAGCAAGGUUAUAUUCGUGAAUAAUAAACAAUAAGGAACGAUAUCAAAAUGCCAAGUCCUUCCACCGAUCGCUUAUUAGCGGAAAGUCGGUGGAAGAUGUGAAACUUCAGAAAAAUACAACGAUGAAAUCUAUGUAUAAAUUGUUUUUCUUGUGCCUUAUCUUCGUUGCAUUAAUAAUAUUGCUCAAUUUAACCAAUUUCUCAAACAAAAUAUACGAUGCACAGACCAAGGAGGCUGCUGUUGCUUCAACAACUGUCAAAAAGAUUGUAUCACCCCAAACAACAGAGGAAGUGACAUUAUGUGUUGUGGUCUGUGGAGACAGAUUGAACGAAGCAUUGACGAUGCUGAAAUCAGCUUUGGUUUUCACAAAUAGACCUCUACAAUUCAUUGUUAUAGCAGAGAACAAUUUGAUUCCUGCAUUUAAUGAGAAAUUGGCAGAAUGGAAGCUGAUGUCGAACAAAACUUUUGACUUUAUAGUCAAAUCUAUUACUUUCCCAGAAGGAAGCGAUGCAGUAAUGUGGAAGAAAUUGUUUAAACCUUGCGCUGCUCAAAGAUUGUUUUUACCUUCUGUUUUGAAUGACACGGAUGCUGUACUUUACGUGGAUACAGAUACUUUGUUCUUAGCUCCACCAGAAAAAAUUUGGGAUGAAUUUAAGAAGAUGAAUACCAGUCAAUUGGCAGCUUUGAGCCCGGAACAUGAAGAUCCUAACACAGGAUGGUAUAACAGAUUUGCAAAGCAUCCAUAUUAUGGAAAAUUAGGUGUAAAUUCAGGUGUGAUGUUGAUGAAUUUAACAAGAAUGAGAGAAUUUAGGUGGAUAGAAUAUGUGAUACCCAUACACAAGGAAUACAAAUUGAAGAUAACAUGGGGGGAUCAAGACAUAAUAAACAUUAUAUUUCAUUAUCAUCCUGAAAAACUUUACGUGUACUCGUGCAGAUAUAAUUAUAGACCCGAUCAUUGUAUGUACAUGCCUGUUUGUACCAAGGCAGAAAAAGAAGGAGCUCUAGUUUUACAUGGCUCUAGAGGCACGUUUCAUUCGCAGAAGCAGCCACCUUUUAAAGCUGUCUAUAAAGCAAUUCAAGAAUAUCAAUUAAAUACAGAUCCGUAUGAUUAUUUAUUAGUGCCAAUGAGAAAUUAUUUAGCUCUGGAACACAGAUCUAACUGUGGCAAAGUAUGGAAAGCAUUCAUAAUUCAGCCUGAACUACAUUUAGGUCAGCAAUAAUAUUUAAAAGUCUUUCCUAUUAUUAUAAGGCUAUAUAGAUAUUGUACACAUACGAUAAAACAAUAACGCGUAGAACAUAGCUAUUUCAAUACAGCACCCCCUUCUAUAACUUAUUGAAACGUACUAUCAAUUUUUAUAUACAGGGUGUUUCACGUAACAGUUUUCACGAUUUUUCAGUGUGUACUUGCGAUAAUCUGACAAAAAAAUAUUUUAAACAAAAGUUGAUCAGUUUUCGGUAUAUAUUAC